AUGCCCUCGUUGUCUAUUUUCAUUCCUCAUCCUCUCGCUCUCCUUAGAAACCCUAGUAUCUCUGCAGCCGGCGGGCGAGAGAACUCUAGUCCAAUCUCCAGUCGCAUCUUAAAAAGUCAAAAUGGAUUCGAGAAGGAGGCUGCUGAGAUGAACAAGAGGUCAUUUAAGUAUGCAUGGGUACUUGACAAGCUCAAGGCUGAGCGAGAGCGUGGACAUCGUGACUUUAUCAAGAACAUGAUUACUGGUACCUCACAGGCUGACUGUGCCGUCCUAAUCAUUGAUUCCACCACUGGUGGUUUUGAAGCUGGUAUCUCCAAGGAUGGUCAGACCCGUGAGCAUGCUUUGCUUGCUUUCACCCUUGGUGUCAAGCAGAUGAUUUGCUGCUGCAACAAGAUGGAUGCCACCACACCAAAGUACUCCAAGCCUAGAUAUGAUGAAAUUGUGAAGGAAGUUUCUUCCUACAUCAAGAAGGUUGGUUACAACCCUGACAAGAUUCCAUUCGUCCCCAUUUCUGGUUUUGAGGGUGACAACAUGAUUGAGAGGUCCACCAACCUCGACUGGUACAAGGGCCCAACCCUGCUAGAAGCACUCGACCUGAUUCAGGAGCCCAAGAGGCCCUCAGAUAAGCCUCUUCGUCUCCCACUUCAGGAUGUCUACAAGAUUGGUGGUAUUGGUACUGUACCGGUGGGUCGUGUGGAAACUGGUGUCAUCAAGCCUGGUAUGGUUGUGACUUUCGGUCCCACUGGUUUGACCACUGAAGUUAAGUCUGUUGAGAUGCACCACGAAGCCCUUCAGGAGGCUCUUCCUGGUGAUAAUGUUGGAUUCAAUGUCAAGAAUGUUGCUGUCAAGGAUCUCAAGCGUGGUUACGUGGCUUCCAACUCCAAGGAUGAUCCUGCUAAGGGAGCUGCUAGCUUUACCUCCCAGGUCAUCAUCAUGAACCACCCUGGUCAGAUUGGAAAUGGAUAUGCUCCUGUGCUUGACUGCCACACCUCUCACAUUGCUGUUAAGUUUGCUGAACUCCAAACUAAGAUUGACAGGCGAUCUGGCAAGGAGCUUGAGAAGGAGCCCAAGUUUUUGAAGAAUGGUGAUGCUGGUAUUGUUAAGAUGAUUCCAACCAAGCCAAUGGUGGUGGAGACUUUCUCUGAGUACCCACCUCUUGGUCGUUUUGCUGUUAGGGAUAUGCGUCAGACUGUUGCUGUUGGAGUCAUCAAGGGUGUGGACAAGAAGGAUCCAUCUGGUGCAAAGGUGACCAAAGCUGCUGCAAAGAAGGGUGCCAAGUGA